AUGAGCGUUUCGUCAAAUGGGGAGGCUGCUCUCGGAUCGAGACAUGUGAGACCACAACUGAAGCAGCUUUCAUCUAUCACAUCUAUUUCCAUCUGCUACUUCAUAGAAGGCUUUGUUGAUCGAGCCAAAGAGAAUCGCGACAUGUCACUUACCUGGAAAAAAGAUUUGCAAAUCUUUUCAUUGCUUCGUCUUAUGCUACCUUCUAAACUUCAAACCCUUCUCAUGGCUUUCAUUUUGAUUUUAACUCUCACUUCAGAGUAUCUUAUCGGCCCAGUGUUUACUUUGCCAUAUAUAGUGAUUCAUAUUACCGUCGGUGCUCUGGCCCUACUUGUUUCAGCUACAGUGAUUCUCUGGGAAGAAAAAACAACCUUUAUGGCUCUUUCAGGAACAGGACUUGGCCAGAACUGUUUUGUGAUUCCUGGAGCAACUGAGCGUUUUAAGCUUAUGGGCUGUGAAUUCAUUGUUAAUUUUCAUACAGUUUUUUCAACUACCGGUAGUGAAUCCCAGAAAUGUUUCUCGCCAUCUCAGUGGCUCUCGGAUCAUGCAUAUGGAAAUGACAUCGAACAAUUUGGCACUGAUGAGCUGGUCGAAGUUUCCUCCUUAUCAUUCUCUAAUAAUAGUAAUAAAAUAGUUUAUAAGGUUGAUAUCCCAUUGCUUCUUUACUGUUUCAUUCCUAAGGUUUCAUCUAAAACAAAGCUUAAAAUCAUUCCAGUUGAUGGUAUUCCUUCAAGUAUUUCAUUGAAAAACAAAUCGGUAUCUACCUCAACCUCGAUUCCUGUCGGGUUGGAGUCUUCCUGGUAUUCAGUUGUUGAAUUUGUCCGCCAAUAUUCUCUUUCGCUUGAUUUUCUUCCUCGAAGUGAGCCUACGGGCCUGCUGCUCUAUGGUCUUCAGGGCUGUGGGAAAAGUCUAGUUCUCGAAACACUUUCUAAAGGCGAGCUUCUAAAACACCAAGCCUGGUAUAGUCGUCUCCACUUUUGUACCCUCUCAGUAGAUGGUUUCUCAGUGUCGAAAUCGGAUGCGAAUAUGAAUUCUUUUCGAAAGUACAUCACUUCAAAACUAGCGGACGUUCCUAAGUCUUGUUACGGAGUAAUUGUCACCAUUCCAAAUCUUGAUACCUGGUUAACCCUAGUUCAUAAUCCCGAUUCGCCACAAUCAGAAGAUCCCCAUGAUCAGGAAUCAACUAGCCGAAAUUCCGGUCUAUACUCCUUUCUAUUUUCCGCUCUUAAUCAAGCUUGCUCGACUUAUCCUGUCUGUGUUUUGGCUACCAGUACAGAGUCCAUUAACAUUCUCAAACAUCGAGAUCUUCGUAAUCUUUUCUACCGGAGACUUCUUGUCUCUUUACCAAGCGGGGAACAGAGAUUCCAACUUCUGAAACAGGAGAUGGAAUUACUAUUACCAACUUUAUCGAAGUUCAUUGAUCAGUCUGAUAAUAAUAGGUUAUCACAGGUCGCUGCUAGUUUACAUGGAUACACUCAAACUGAUAUUUUUCGACUAUUUCGAGCUAGCUAUGCCUCAGCGGUUGACGAAUGUUUUAAACGUGAUUUAAAACCCGAAAGUGGAGAUUUAUGUCUUCAACCUACGGUACAGCAAAUUAUUGAUAAAUUAGAGAAUGAGCGUACACAUUAUCGACCCGCUAACUUGUGCGCAGAAAUAUCUGUUUUUCCACCAAUGAGAUUUGCAGAUAUUGGUGGAUAUUCGGAAAUCAAACAUCUCUUUACCUCAACAAUCCAAAGUCGAUUAACGGAAGCUUCUGAUCCUAGUAGUGAGGCAGCUAGAAUUAACAAAUCCCUUGGUCUUACCGUUCCGCGUGGUGUACUCCUACACGGGCCACCUGGGUGUUCGAAAACACUGUUUGUCCGGGCAUUGGCUACCGAGUGCAACCUGCCUUUGGUUGCGGUUCAAGCUUCGAGAAUUUUCGGUCGAUAUGUAGGUGAUAGUGAGAGAAAUAUGCAGCGGAUUCUUAUUCAUGCCCGAGCUUGCUCACCUGCAAUUCUUUUUAUUGAUGAGAUCGAUCUUCUUCUCCCCUCUAGGAGUACAAGUGAGUCGGGAGUGAGUGAACAUGUGUUGGGUGAAGUUUUAACUGUUAUGGAUGGCGUUGAAGGGCAAUGUGGAGAUCUGCUGUUGGUUGCUGCUACGAAUCGACUUGAAAAUCUCGAUCCAGUAUGUGGUUUUAUUUAA